UCUCUGCGUCCUUUCCGCUGGUUGGUAACAAAAGAACUGGGCGAUAGUAAAAAAAAAAAAAAACUGUCAACGUCUGUCCAUCUGCAAACAAGGGAAAGCGCGGUUUUCUGUGGUACAUCGCUUUUUUAGUCCUUGUGGGCUUCCGUUGAUGGAGCUGGGUGCAUGGUGCAGGCAGUGCUAGUUUAGACCUGGCUCAUGAACUGAAGAGAACGUACUCUUUGUAAGAGAGUCGCGUACAUUUGGGGGAAUAUUAACCGACGAAGGUUCAGUGAUAAACUCCUGAACAGCUAACACCUCCCUGACCCCUCCAGGCUGGGGUCAAACGGGCCACUCCGAAUAGGAUGCAGGCGCGACUGUAGAGGAUAUCUUGUCUGUCUGCAGGCGGACGCGUUGGAUCCUCUGUAGCCCUUCAUCGGUGCACAGAUGAGCGGAGAAGCAGUCCAGAGUCGGCUCCCUGUCAGUGAGCCUGUGGAGAAGGUUCAGGGGGGAAACCUCAUAGGGAGCAUCAAGACAGAAGAUACCUCUGAUGAACCACCGGCACCCUCAGAUGGACCGAUACGGGCAGCGAUGGAGGGCUCGGACCCUGCUGGAGGCACCCCAGCCGGGGCUAAAGACCAGGGCAAGGCUGUCGGUGAGCCUCCCAUGGACUGGUUUGAGCCGCUGGAGGAGGACGACGACGAUGACGGCACCAGUCCCUGCAGAAAUGAUCCAGACGAAGAAAGCCUGGCAGGAGAGAAUGAGAGCGUUGCAGGCAGCGAGAGAACUACAAAAAGAGUAUAUCAGUAUCGACGUAAGCGCUCGCAUCCGGAUGAGGGGUGGAUUGAUUGGCCGGCGCUAGGGCAAGGUUGGAAACGCAAAGAGGUUGUCCGACGCUCAGGCUCCAGCAUUGGCCAGGUCGAUGUGUAUUAUCUAAGUCCACGGGGCGAUCGAGUGAGAAGCAGAGUAGAACUAGCUACAACGCUCCAUGGAACUGACUUGACAAAUUUUGAAUACAAGACUGGAAAGUUCUACCACGGGGAUGCCCCUAGAGCUCGAGGCAGAACGAAGAAAAGGUUUCGGGAUCGGUCCUCCUCAGAGUCCAGUUGGAUGGACGGAGCUGAGACCCCAGACUCCUACCACAGGCUCACCCCGAACAUCACGCCCAAGAACUUCCAAAUCAACCAGAAGACUUUCUUCCUGAACCACUCCACAGGGGAGUCUAAACAAAGCCCCAGCUCUGAGGAAAAACAUUCAGAGGAGAAAAUCCGGCUUCCUUUCCCCUCGUCAUCUCGACCGCUCUCGCUGCCUUCGGUAAAGGGAGAAUUUGGGUCAGAGGAGAGCACUCUGGUCUGUGCAAAGUGUGGUAUUUCGUUUACAGGGACAUGGUAUGACAAACAAAGGAAGAGGCCCUGCUGUCCCUCCUGCUGGGCAACAUCGAAGUCAAUAGAGCACCCACUGAUCCGCUUCAGAAAGUGGAUUCCCUGCGGUCAAUGUGUGGGAUGUCACAACAACAUCGACUGUGGCCAGUGUGCUAACUGCAAGCAUGGACUGCAAAGCCCCGAGGCUAAAAAACGCCUGUGUCGGAAACGUAGAUGCAUAUGUCCAAUCCGCAAGCAAAGCCCAGGAAGCAGUAGUGUCACUUACAAGAGGUCUUUUGACACUACAGACACGUAUGAUGACAGUAAUGAUGUCAUGGAGUCCCAGCAUCAGAGUCUCAAAGGCAGCGACACAGAGAACUUCUCGGUCAACGUGGACCUCGAUGACGAGGAUAUGUCGACGGACGACGAUGACGAUUGGCAUAAGAAGCGGAAGCGGCGUUCCUGUGGAGAGUGUAAGGCCUGCCUGUGCAGGAAAGACUGCGGCGUGUGUGAUUUCUGCGUAGACAAACCCAAAUUCGGAGGCAGCAACAAGAAAAGACAGAAGUGUCGUCUACGGCAGUGUCAGAGGCAAGCGAUGAGACAUUUGCUGCCCUUCCAGAUGGCAGCAGGUGAGUAUGGGCCAGAUGGCUCAUCGAUGCCGGGCCGCCCCAGACCUCACUACACAUACAGCCGGAAGCCCAGCUUGAAGAGAAACCUAGACCACCAGGCCGACAUGGACUUCACUGAUGAUGACGACGACGAUGAUGACGACAGCAAUUCGCAACCGAUGAACUGGGGCUUCGACCCUUCGAGACAGACCCAUCAAUCCUUAGACGUGGAUGUCAGAAACCACCAUUCUACGCAGUUGAAUCAUUCCAACUUUGGGGUGCGGAACGGCGUGCCGGAUCGAUUUCCUCACAUCAGCAAUCAUAACUACUCCCAACCA